AUGGGAUCCUUUACCCCGGACCCUCGCCAUAUUAAUACCCCGACCGCUCCUCUUCUCACCUCCCGCGUCUUCUUCGCCAAAACAGUCGACGGCAAGGCUGGGUUGAAGAACGUGCAGUGGGUCUACCUCAGCGUUGCCUGCUUCGUCGCGCUGCUUAUUAUCCUCUUUUUCUUUGCGCCGAUGCCCAAGAUCACGGAUGCGGAUAUAAAUUUGCAGGAGGCGGAUACUGGUAGUAAGGAUGUCGGGUCAUUUAGCGAGCAGUACCACCUCUUCCUAAGGGUGUGGUCGCAGUUUUGCUAUGUUAGCGCCCAGGUGGCCGUUGCUGGGUUCUUUAUCAAUUUCUGCGUGGAAUCAGGAUACGAGAAGGCUUUCUCUUAUAUGAACGUUUGGCGGUCGAUGCUAAUAUGA